CUUGAAAGGCCAAACCCAAACAAAGAGAAACUCGUUUCAGUCCAAGCGUCGGUGGGGCGACGAGAAACGAAAGGGAAGAGAUCAAGAAGACUCCUCCAUUCUUUCUCCAAGCUCUUCUACUUCAGAUCUCUAUCAGGCUGGGCCAAUUUUAUUGACAUGGAUACUGGAGAGAACGAAUCCACUCUGAGUCAAGAAGAGAUAAUUGAUGGUACUGUACAGCAAAGCCUUAAGGAGAAGGAUAGUGCAAAUCCAUUGGAGCAACCAGUUGAAGUAGCUGACAGAAUAAAUAGUUGUGAUGCAAGCAUCAAUAUGGAAAAUGGCAUUCAUCAGAACCUUGCUAAUGAUGAAGAAAGUACUGAUGAGCUCACACAACUGGUUAUCGAGCUCAGUUUUCAGAAUGAGUACUUGAAGUCUGAAAUAGGUGACUUAAAACUGGAACUGUGUAACCCAAAGCCACUUUCUGAUGAGGAGAGAAAAAGUGGCCCACAUGUUGGGUCUUUGGAGCAAGAUAGCAGCCUCCAUGAACAGAUAAAAUGCUUACAGAAGGAAAUUCAGGCGCAGAAGGAAACUCAAAUGGCAGCUGAGGAUGCUCUGGAGCAUCUGAGGAUGGCUUACUCCGAGGCUGAUGGAAAGGUUCAAGAGCUUACCACAAAGCUCAUUGAAGCUCAACAGAAGAUGGAACAAGAAAUAAAGGAGCGUGAUGAUAAAUAUGUUGAGCUAGAUUCCAAGUUUGGAAGGCUUCAUAAACGGGCAAGACAACGGAUUCAAGAAUUACAAAAGGAGAAAGAUGAUCUUGAAGCACGCUUUAGUGAGACUAAUAUGAAAAUUGAGCAAGCUUCAUCCCAGCAAGCAGCAUUAGCACAGCAGGAACUGGAGCGUAGUCGUCAACAAGCCAAUGAAGCAUUGAGAUUAAUGGAUGUUGAAAGGCAGCAAUUACGGACAGCUAACAGCAAACUUCGUGAUAAUUUUGACGAAAUGCGUCGCUCAUUAGAAGCCAAAGAGAAUGCACUUGAGGCAUUACACCAGUCCAUCUUUGAGAAAGAGCAGAUGUUGGAACAAGUUCGGGGUUUGCUACAAGCCUCAGAAGAGAAAAGACAAACAUCAAUUGCAGAGCUUUCUACUAAGCUCCAAAAGCAAGUAGAAAGUUUAGAAGCACAGCUUACUGAUGCUCUAGCACAAAGUAGUAAAGCAGCUGAAACAAACUCUUCUCUCCAGGUCUUACUUGCUGAGAAAGACUCAAAGAUAGCAGAGUUGGAUGCAGCUUCAACAGGUGAAGCUGUAAGACUUGGAGCUGCACUAGAGGAAAUGAGAGGAGAGCUUAAUCAUCUUAGAGACCAGCAAGAUAGAGAAAAACAAAACUGGGAAGCAGCUUGUCAGUCUCUCCGAACUAAGUUGGAGGCAUCUGAGAACACAUGUUUGCGAUCUGAGAUUGAAUUAGCUAAAAUGAGAAGUCAGUUGGAACUAGAAUCAUCAACAAAAUACCAAAUGUUGAGUGCAAAAGAUGCUGAACUUAUAGUUGCAAAAGAUGAGAUCAUGCGACUGGAAAAUGAAUUUUCCGCAUAUAAGGUUCGUGCACAUGCACUUUUGCAGAAGAAGGAUGCUGAGCUAGCUGAAGCUAAGAACUCAGAAUUGCUGAAAUCUCUUGAACAAGCUGUGAAAGAAGCUGAAGCAGAAGUAGCAAUAACCUUAGCAGAAAGAGAGAAAGCUGUUAAAGCUCUUGAAGUUGCUUUGAAGGAACAUGAUAAAGAGAUUGCAUCAAGGGAUACUGCUCUUAGUGAUGCAGAGGGUCAAAUAAGAAGUAUAACCAUGAAACUUGAGUCUACCACUGCUCGCUACAUGUCAGAAAAAGAUAUGUGGCAGAAAAAUUUGGAGAGUAUCGAAGAAAGUUGGACAUUAAAAUAUGGCACCUUGGAGGCUCAAAAAGUUGAACAUUCUGGAGAUCAAAUGCAAAAGGAGCUAGAUGAUCUUAAGCAACGAUAUGAGAAACUGAAGGAAGAGCAUGAUAUCUUUCGUGAUAUUGCUGAUAGAACAAUUGAAGAGAAAGAGAAGGACAUGGCGAAAUUGAUAGAAGAUAAUAAGAAUCUUCGUCACUUAUUGGAAUCAAAGCAACAUGUUGAACAUAAUGGAAAACAAAACUCAGCUUCUCAGAAGGAUGAUGCACAAUUGUUGAGCAUAGCAGCAGCUGAACAACAAAUUCUGCUUCUGGCUAGGCAACAAGCUCAAAGGGAGGAAGAACUGGCUCAGUCACAAAGGCAUAUUCUAGCACUUCAAGAAGAGAUUGAAGAGCUUGAACAUGAAAAUCGUCUUCAUAAUCAACAGGAAGCAAUGUUAAAGGAGGAGCUCCGGAACAUGGAAAGAUCGCACAAACGUGAAGGAAUAGACAUGACAUAUUUGAAAAAUGUUAUAUUAAAACUGCUAGAAACAGGUGAAGUGGAAGCCUUACUUCCAGUGGUUGCAACAUUAUUACAAUUUAGUCCUGAAGAGAUAAGGAAAUGCCAGCAGCCAUACCGCUCCUCAGGUGAUGUUAUCUCCAGUCCAGCAGCAUCAUAUUCUGAUGCAUCUACGCCUAGAUCACUUUUCUCUAGAUUCUCAUUUUAGUGAAGAUACCAUGGCAUUAUUCUUUUUGCUUAAUUCAGGAUGAGAGGAUUACAGUUUAAUAGCAUCGUCUUUUCCGCUUGCUUGAUCCUGUUUCAAGGAAACAACUCCAAUGGGGUACACUCAAAAAGACUUGCACUCAGCUUGUUUUUUUUGCGACCAUGGCUGUUGUACCUGCUUGUAAGAAUAUUAUGUUGUACAUAAACGAGAUGGAGAGUACUACCCACUCAUCUGUAUCUUUCUUCGUUGGCUAAACAUCCUGCUAAAUAGUUCACAUGAUCAUUGAUUAUUUGGUUUUGUCAUGAUGUGUGUUGAAUUGAA